AUGGAAGUUUGUGUUAUCUGCGGCGACUUGGCUACCGGACGCCAUUACGGUGCUGUUUCCUGUGAGGGAUGCAAAGGUUUUUUUAAGCGCUCCGUACGGCAUCGACUUCGCUAUAUUUGUAGAGCCCAACGUGCAUGUCCAGUUGACAUAAAAAACCGCAAUCUAUGCCGCUAUUGUCGAUUCCAUCGUUGCAUUCAAAUGGGAAUGAAAAUUGAUGGCGAGUUUCAACAAGAGGAUAUAGCCCACUUUACUAAAUCAGCGGAAGCACUUUUGUCUCGGCUUGUUCGUUGGGCACGUAGUAUUCCCGCAUUCACAUCUUACCUUGACUCUGACGAUCAGCAAUGUUUGUUGAAUUCUGGUAAGGGUCCUGUCUAUUAA